AUGUCUGACAACGCCGGCAACAAAGACGAGCAGCAGUUCUCUAUUCAGCCUCAUCCGGCUACGACCAACGAUCCCUCGACGGACCCUGCUCUGACGGGCAAGGGAGGUCAAGAUGCUACGGGCAAGCCAGGCCCUUUCAUCCCUGACGACGAGAUGGCAUCGAAGCUCGAGAAGCCCAAGAGCAGCGACGAGCUCAAGGCCGCCAGCGCCAAGCUCAAUGAGUAG